AUGGAUAAGAAAUGUAAAGAAGAGAGCCACACACUUGAAACAACACUCUGCCUGAAGCUUCUCUAUCCUGAAGAGAUAGAAAAAGGGGGCGCCAUUUUGAAAGUCAACAAUCACGUCACCGUUCAAAUUGCAGUUAAUCUGCUGCUCCACAAACUUGUUGGAAGGCCGGCGGUCGGUCAUGAUCUUGCGUAG